AUGCCACGUAAGCUACGUAAGAAUAUACGUAAGAGGAAGGGAGCAUUGAAACAUCCAAUAGUAAAACUGACACCACAACAACAGUUGCAACAACAAAUGAUGAAUGACCCCACUAUGUUGCAACAAAUGUCAAGCAACCCUAUGCUUUUAAACCGAGUUAUUGGUGCACAGAGUGGAGGUUUAAGAGCGGCACUUUUAGCGAAAAUGGCAGGCUAUGGUGGAGCUGCAGACGGAACAGCUUAUAACCCUCAAAGUCAAAUGAAUUUGAGUUCACUCAAAAAUCAAAUAACAGAUGUCAAAAAGUCAAACAUAGACAUACAGAAACAAAUAAGUGAAAACGAAAAGAAACUAGAAUAUGACAGACACACAAAGAAACUCAAUGAGUUAAACGUAGAGAAAAAGAAGAAAGAAGAACAACUGAAAGAACUAAGUACAGAGGAAUAUGCGAAAAAAGUGUCAGAAAAAGCAGCAGAAGUAGCAAAAAUGGAACAAGAUGUUAUAAAUUUGAAAAACCAUACUACUCAAUAUAAAGUACUGAAAGAUGAAGAGAUAAAACAAAAAGCCCUGAAGACAUAUAUGGAUAGCGAUGAGUAUAAAAAAGAAGUUGAAGCAAAUGUAAAGGCAGAAAAAC